ACGUAGCGCUGCGGCGGCGGCGGCGGCGGCAGCCGAGGCCGGGUCUGAGGAGCGGCCCUGAGCGCAUACGUUGGGCAGGGGGGAGGGGCCGGCCCCGCCGGCGGUGGUUACUCGAGCGCCGCGGCUACAGGCCCCCAGCCGCAGGGAUGGACCGCCGAGGCAGUGGUCGAGGCGGCGGAGGCGGAGGCGGCCGGCCCGGAUAAGAUGCUCCAAGUUCCUUGCAGCUCUCUUCAGAAGAAAAUCACCUGUGCUCUGCUCUUGCCAUAAUACCAAACCCUUUUUCUUAUGUUUUGGUGCUGUGACACUGGAAGAAUUGCACACAGGUUCCAGUAAUAUCUUUUUUUCAUUUAAGUAAUUCUCUCUGAAUGGAAAAAGAUUUGAGUCCUAAUAAUUUCUUUAUUUUAAAAUUAAUUCUCUAUACUCUGAACUGCUUAAUAAAUUGGGCCACUUACCCAUGAGCCACACAGCCAGUUCUUGUCAGGAACUGGUUGAAAACUGUGCUGUGCAUGUAGCAGGGAUGGCACAAGAAGAGAGCCGCCGUGGUCAAGUGCCAUCUACUUUUUAUCAUGGUGCCAACCAAGAACUUGACCUGUCCACCAAAGUGUACAAAAGGGAAUCAGGAAGUCCUUAUUCUGUGUUAGUGGAUACCAAGAUGAGCAAACCACAUCUCCAUGAGACGGAGGAACAGCCAUAUUUCAGGGAGACAAGAGCAGUGUCUGACGUGCAUGCUGUCAAAGAAGACCGGGAGAAUUCUGAUGACUCGGAAGAGGAGGAGGAGGAGGAGGAGGAAGUCUCUUACAAAAGGGAGCAGAUCAUAGUGGAGGUAAACCUUAAUAAUCAAACAUUAAAUGUAUCUAAAGGGGAAAAGGGUGUCUCUUCUCAGUCCAAAGAGACUCCUGUUCUUAAGACGAGCAGUGAGGAGGAAGAGGAAGAGAGUGAGGAAGAAGCCACUGAUGACAGCAAUGACUACGGAGAGAAUGAAAGGCAGAAGAAAAAGGAGAAGAUAGUGGAGAAAGUCAAUGUUACACAAAGGCGAACGCGGAGAGCUGCCUCUGUUGCCGCAGCUACCACUUCCCCUACUCCCAGAGCUACCAGAGGGCGUAGGAAGAGUGUAGAGCCACCUAAGCGUAAGAAGCGGGCCACAAAGGAGCCCAAAGCACCAGUCCAGAAAGCUAAGUGUGAAGAGAAAGAGACUCUGACCUGUGAGAAGUGCCCCAGGGUGUUUAAUACUCGAUGGUACCUGGAGAAGCACAUGAACGUUACUCACAGGCGCAUGCAGAUCUGUGAUAAAUGUGGCAAGAAGUUUGUCCUGGAAAGUGAGCUGUCCCUUCACCAGCAAACAGACUGUGAAAAAAACAUUCAGUGUGUUUCCUGUAACAAAUCGUUCAAGAAACUCUGGUCCCUUCAUGAACAUAUCAAGAUUGUCCACGGAUAUGCAGAAAAGAAAUUUUCCUGUGAAAUUUGUGAGAAGAAAUUUUAUACCAUGGCUCACGUGCGGAAACACAUGGUUGCACACACGAAAGACAUGCCAUUUACAUGUGAAACCUGUGGAAAAUCCUUUAAACGCAGUAUGUCACUCAAGGUGCAUUCCUUGCAGCAUUCUGGAGAGAAGCCCUUUAGAUGUGAGAACUGUGACGAAAGGUUUCAGUACAAGUACCAGCUACGCUCCCACAUGAGCAUCCACAUUGGGCACAAACAGUUCAUGUGCCAGUGGUGUGGCAAGGAUUUCAACAUGAAGCAGUACUUCGACGAACACAUGAAAACACACACUGGAGAGAAGCCCUUUAUCUGUGAAAUCUGUGGCAAAAGCUUCACCAGCCGCCCCAACAUGAAGAGGCACCGCAGAACUCACACAGGCGAAAAGCCCUACCCCUGCGACGUGUGCGGGCAGCGGUUCCGCUUCUCCAACAUGCUCAAGGCCCACAAGGAGAAGUGCUUUCGGGUGACCAGUCCCGUGAAUGUGCCGCCUGCCGUCCAGAUCCCACUCACAACUGCCCCAGCCACCCCAGUUCCUUCUGUGGUGAAUACACCCACCACCCCGGCUCCUCCCAUCAGUAUGAACCCCGUUAGCACUCUUCCCCCACGGCCCAUCCCCCACCCCUUCUCUCACCUGCACAUCCACCCGCACCCUCACCACCCGCACCACCUUCCUAUCCCUCCAGUCCCUCACCUGCCCCCACCACCAGCUCUCUUCAAGAGUGAGCCUUUAAAUCACAGAGGCCAGAGUGAGGACACCUUUCUGCGGCACCUGGCAGAGAAGAACAGUUCAGCACCGCAUCAUUAACAUCCAUCUCCUUAAGCACGUUCCCCAGUUGUGUUCCCACGGUGAGUUGGUGGAGCAUUUCUGCACUUCUCAGGCUCUCCUCAGCUCCCUCAGGGGCUUUGCCAUUGUUGGGGUGAAUCAGCAGACCCAAGGGAGUGAACCAGAAGACGACCUUGAGCUCACAAGGAAACUCAUCUAAACCAGGGAACCACUAAACUAAAGCCCAAUUUGCUUGCAUUUUCUGACGACUUUUAUAAAUUUCAAAUACUCAGACUUGUGGGAUUUUAUAAUUUCAUAUCAGCUGAUGAGGUAUGCUUGCUUUUAUAUCCUGGACUUCUCCUCAAAGAGGGGAUAGGCCUGGUCUCCUUUGUACUAAUCGGGAAGGCUGUGAGAUUAAUCCAGAGCAUUAAUUGUAUCACUGUGUAUUGUAAUGAAUUCUUUUCAGCUUUUGGUGCUGGCUACAGAGUUAAGCUGGCCAUGUUUCACAGUAUAUCAAGCAUUAUAGAGAAAGAUGGAAAUUUUCUUCUUUGUGUAGCUCUCCUAACGCACUCUUUAUUUUACUACAGAAAUUAUUUUAGAGGUUUUGUAUAGACUUCUUUAGUAGUCUGUUUCUAAAAUGAAAUGUAUUUCAAUAAGCGGUGUAAUUUUUUCUG